AUGACAUGGUUAAAGAGGAUUUUGGACAAUUAUAAAUUUAUGCUCAAGGACAUUCAUGUGACUCAAAUUCAUCAAUGUUUACUGUUUAUUACGUACGCGGUGUAGACUGAAGAUAACACUGAAUGGAUUUUUUUCGUUUGUAUGAGCAACAAUUUUAUAUCUAAGAACUAUACUAUCAAUGGUUAUUCAAGAUGGCAGAGUAAAGAAGAAAAUUUAAAGAAUUUGAUGAACGACCGCGUGGCAGUUCAUCAGGAAAGUGGAAAUAAGUUAUUUUGACAGAAAAUCGAAGGGAGAAAAGUGAAAAAAAAAUGAACGGCCCGAAUACCAUGUAUCGAAUGCGACCUAUUAUAAAAUUAAGAGAAGAACUUGUGCUUCCUAAAUGUAUGUACAGAAUGAAAAACAUUCAGCAAGCGUAUGUGAACAAUCGUGUGGACCGCCAGUUAUCUCAUGAAAUCGAGCCAUCAAGUAUUUCGGAACAGGUUAAGAAGCUUUUGAAGUGCCCAUUACCUGAGAUGGCUGCACUGGAAAAUCGACAAGAAGCAAUCCUGGCACAAUUAGCUGAUUUGAAAAAUCAAAUUACAGUUCUUAGAGCACAGUUAAAGCAGCCACAUAUAUGUACUGUCAGAGAAGAAGCUGAUAUUUCAACCAAUAAAACAUGCAAUAUCUUACAGAAUGGAGUGAUUCAUGAUAUUGUAAUAAAUGCCAGCCCAAGGUAUCCACCAUAUUCAAUUGCAGCUCUACGAAGAUUAUGGAGUGAUGGGCUGAAGCUGGGAGUUCGUUGCCAUAUUCAUUCGAGCAUACUAGAGUUACCAAAAAACCUCGACAAAUUCUUGUGUUUGGUAUCUAAUUCUGAUCAAGAGAGAUCAUCACUAUUAAAUAUAACUCUAGUCUGGAAGGAUGUUGGAGCUGACACACAGCUAGUGGUAUCUCCCAUGAAACAUAUCACCAUGAAAGGUGAGGUAAACAUUCUUCGAUAUUUAAGCCGUCUUGGCCCACCAAAAUUUAACUACGAACUAGAUAACGAUCCUGCAACAUCAGCUAGAUUGGAUGGCGUGUUGGACGCUUGCUACAGCCUGGCACGAUGUAGGACAGUUAAGGAACAGCAAUCAUUAAUUCGUACCCUGAAUAGUUACUUAGGAAAGUCCCAAUUUAUGGCCGGAGGGGAAAGUAUUUCAGUUGCAGAUGUAGCAGUGUGGUCAGUUCUCAGACAGAUAGACAUACAACCACAGCGAGACCUGAGCAGCAACAUGAACAAGUGGCUGCAUGACUGCUCACAGUUGCUUGGAAUUGAUCUGUAACCUCGUGACAGGUGGUGUGACAACAGCCAAAGGAAAGCAUUACAUAUGAUGUGUAGACGUCUUCCACUCUACAUUGUACAAUACUGUAAAAAAAUGGGAUAUUACCAGCAGAAAA